UACAGGCAGCUAACAGGCAGGAAUUCUUUUGGCUCCACGCAAUACUAGAAUAGGCCGGCGGCGGUCGGUGCCCGGCCUGGCCAUACGGCCGGAAGCGAGCUCAACCAGAGUGUGAGGCAUCAAGACGACUGCCGUGAGCGCAGCCACGGGGGCCCUGGGGCCCGUCCUAGAGAAGCUGACUGCUGUUCUUGGCGACGAGCGCACGCUUACAGGCGGCGGGAGGAGUGACAUUGAGUUGAUCAAGUCGGACCUCGAGCUUGUGCACUCUGUCCUUCCCAAGAUAUGGGGGAGCGACAAUCUGGAUGCGCCGUGCAAGGAUUGGAUGGCCGAGGUACAGGAGUUAUCCUACGACAUGGAGGACGACAUCGACGACUUUGUAAAUCAGAAGGCCAGUCAGAUCUCUUUAGAGCAACUGAAGACAAGAGUCAAGAAUGUGUCGCGGCGGAGCUGCGAGAUGCAGAAGGCCGCAGAAGCUACCUCCAACUGUAGCAAGCCGGCCAUAGUAGAUCCUCGAUCUCGCUUCCUUCACAGUGAUCCGUCAGAACUCGUGGGCAUGGAGGCACUCAAAGAUGAUCUCUUCGAAUUGGUGGCAGGAGGUGUGGACACAUUGGGGGACGCCGGAGAACAACACUCGGAAAAUAUUAGUUUCAAGGUACAAAUGCCGAAUGAUAAGUUGCGCUCAAUGGCGCUGGCGACAGCGGCUCGGAUACAGGGGGUGAGGUCGAAGGGUAUCACCGGCACUGCGGGGGACAUACUGGAGGUCGUCGGGUGCCGAAUAGACGUCGUUGAGUUGGUUACCAUGCUCCGAAAGAAGCUGGGCGGAGCGCAAAUUACGAAGGUCGAGCGGGUGAAAAAGAAUCUGCCGGCGGUAGCCGCCCGCCAGCGACCACAUCAGAUCAAAACGAUAUGCAUCCACGGACUGCCAGGGGUUGGUAAGACAGCUCUUGCAGAUCUAGUGUACUCCGCCACAGAAGAGCAAUUCGAUUGUCGGGCAUUUGUGUCGGUUUCUCCAAGCCCUGACAUUACGGAGGUUCUGCGAGCAAUUGUCACGCAAGUAACUAAUUCACCGGUUGCCUACACCGGAGCAGUGACCGAACAGUAUCUCCUCCACGAAUUAUCAAAAUUCCUCGUUGACAAAAGGUACCUCGUGAUUAUUGAUGACAUUUGGCAUUGGGAAGAAUUGCAAAUCAUCGCAAAGUCUCUGCCAAAGAACAAUCCGAGCAGUAGAAUAGUCAUCACAACUCGCAUCAGUGCUAUUGCUGAGAAAUGUCUAACUGACGACAUGCAUACCUUGCUCUAUAAAAUUGGAGGUCUUGAUGUUGUGGAUGCUUGGACUCUAAUGAAAUCUGGCGACGAUAAUGCAUUUUAUGGUAUUACGGAAAUGUGUGAUGGUAUGCCGCUAGCAAUAAUUUGCAUAUCGUUAGCAAUGAAAGAGCAGACAAAGGAGGAGGAUGGUGAUUUGGGAAAAACGAGGGUUCUGAGGCGUGUAAAAGAUGGGAUCUUAACUAUCCCGUCUUUGAAACCAUUGGCUGAGAGCUUAUGUCUUGGCUACAAGGAUCUUCCUCUCUAUCUGAGGACUUUCUUGCUAUACUGUAGUAUAUACAGUUGCCGUCACAAAUUCGAAAAAGAUCGUUUGGUGAGGAGAUGGAUUGCUGAAAGAUUGGUCUAUCAAGAGGAGACCGCAGAAGGUUACUUUGACGAUCUUGUCGACAGGGAAUGGAUUAAACCGGUAGCAAGUGGUAAACAUGAAAUCCACCCCGUGAUGUUGGCCUUCCUCAAGUGCAAAUCACAAGAGGAUAAUCUUGUUACACACUUGGAUUUCUGCUCCGAUAUUUCACCGUGUAAACAAAUUCGUCGGCUGUCCCUCCAAGGCAAAAAGGGGCAAUCAAUGAACUUUUCAGCAUUGGAUUUAUCACACACUCACUCCCUCGCUGUCUUUGGUUCAGUAAGUGGAGUCCCCUUCAAGCGUUUCGAACGGCUGCGAGUUCUGGAGCUUGAAGACACUGAGGGUCUAGAGAAUGCUCAUCUGGUGGAUAUAUGUGGACUGCUCUGGCUGAGGCACAUUGGUCUCAUGGGGACACCAAUAACCGAGGUUCCAUUUCAGAUCAAGAGUUUGCUGCAUCUGGAGACUCUCGAUAUAAGAGACACAGGGGUCAUGGAGCUCCCCUGGGAAGCUUGUCAGCUUCCAAAAUCCGUGCGCGUUCUCGCUGGCAGUAAGGAUUCCCGCCAAGGUAUAAGUUUGCCUGAGGGCGUGCACGAAGAUCUCGAGAACGGAAUUCCAGACUCUUCCAUGGCAAAGUGCAGGGAGGUCUUGUCCAUCCUGCUUAUUGACCCUUUUGGUCUCGGCGCAGCUCCACAAUUUGCCGCAUUCAAGGUUCCCGGAAGGUGCAUGCAUAUUCCGGAGUUGAUCAAAGAAUACUUCAAAAUUCUCUCCUCCUUGGAUAUCAGGCUCUUCAAACUGGAAGAGGAUGACAUCAAGUUUCUGCAGGAGAUGCCCAAUCUCAAGAUUCUCGUGGUGAGGUUUGAAGUCGUCCCAGUGGAACCGGUAACCAUCAACGCUGUAGGGUUCGCGAUGCUGGAGAGCUUCGGUGUAGAUUCCCGCGUGCCACGUGUGACAUUCGAGCAAGGAGCAAUGCCAAAGCUCAGACGUCUCGCGUUCAAGAUUUACAAUGGUCCAGAAAGCAAAAACCCUCUGGGCAUCACACACCUCCGGAGGCUCGAGGUAGUCGUCUUCCGGUGCUCCCCGUGGUAUGGAGGCGACAGCCCGGGCAUCAGCACCACGGUUGCAAUUGUCAGAAGGGAGGCAUGGGAGCAUCCCAACCAAAUCACUCUCUGCAUCAAUGACUAUAAAGAGAUUUUCCCGGAGAGAAAGAGCGCACUGGCACAGGUUUGUGAAGAAUCUGGGAGCAGCAGGAUGGGUGGGGUGGAUGUACAGGCAGAUAUCUUCUCUGUCUCUGCUGCCCGAAACAGCAUAGCUAGUAUUGAUGCUACUGCAAGCUGCAGCCAGACGAGCGAAAUUGAAGAGGUCAAAGACCAAUGGUAUAGUUAUUUUUUCGGACUACCAUAGUGGCUCUUAUAAAUGCAAACGCAACAUCUUUAGCAUAUUCAAAUUGAUUGACACUAUUGACAUCACAAAAGUUGUGCUAAAUCAAAUAUCAUUUUUUUUGUUUAUUACUUGUAAUUUGUGGGCAGAUAUUAUUUUGCCAUUUCUACAAGAACCAUAUUUGCAAUCAUAUAUGUUGUU